AUGGACGUCGAUACCUUGAGAUCUCUUCGUGUCUUCGAGGACAAGACAACCAAGAACCAGCGCGAUUCACCUCUCCUUCGUCUCCCCGCCGAACUCCGCAACAAGGUCUACGAUUUGCUUCUUAACGAGUUUUUCAUUGAGGCUUUCGAGGCGCCCGAGCUGAAGGCGGUGGAGUGCACUCACAUAGCCAUUCUAGUCGACACGACCGAUAUCACCAAACUCGCUUCGCCCACGCGCGCCCCAGUGACGCAAAACCUCUCCUACCCGUUCCUGAACUGGGGGCUGGACGAUCUCGUUAAGUUCGCGUGGCAAUUCGACGGCGCUGAACGGGGCAUCAUAGGCACAGAAUUUGUCAUAAUGGAUGAACAAACACUUGAGAAUAAAACAGUAGUACUCGUUACGCCAUCCGAGGACUAUGACAAUGUCGAGACGGCGCCUAGACUAACUGCACGGUCGGAUUUCCGCUCUAGCCUCAUCACGCUGAACGUCAAGAGUAUGGGAGUAGGUGGCGAUGAGCCGUGGGAGGAAGCGGCGGAGCAGGGUGGACGGGCGAUUAGAUUGUAUGACGGAAAGAGUUCAGAGUAG